AUGCUUACGGCUGACUCUCUAUGGGGUAAAUGGAUAAAGAAGUAUUUGUUGAAGAAGAGAAGUUUCUGGGCAGUAAAAUCAAACUCUCAAAUGGGAUCAUGGAUGUGGAGAAAGAUGUUGAAGCUUAGGGACAUUGCAAAAGAUUUCUACAAAAUGGAGAUUGGGAAUGGAAGACAUAUAUCAUUCUGGUAUGAUUGCUGGUCGGUUAGAGGUGUGAUGUUUGAUCUUUUGGGUGAGAGAGGCAUCAUAGAUUUGGGUAUAAGAAAGGAGGCUACUCUCGAGGAAGCGAUCAUGAAUUUGCGUAGAAGAAGGCGCCACAGAUCAGAUAUUCUUCAAGAAGUUGAAAGGAUACUUGAUUCGGUGAGAAGUAAUAUUCAGGGUGAGAGAGAUGAUGUCAGUAAUUGGAAACGGAGGUCGGGAUUCGGAGGGGCUUUCUCAACUAAUGAAACCUGGAUGAUGAUAAGGGAGACUAACGUGCAGUGUGACUGGUCUCGGGGUGUUGGUUUGCAAAAGCAACUCCCAAAUUUGCAUUUACAACCUGGCUGGCUAUGA